AUGAUCGCGGUUCCCGGGGGCGGCGGCGGCGGCUGCUGGCUCCCAGGAGCCGCUGUGGCAUCCCCCGUGCACGGGGAGGGCGACCAGGCCUGGCGCCUGGGGCCGGCCGCGCUCUCGGGCUCGCAGGCGCUGGGGCUCGGCUCCGGCUCCGGCUCCGGCUCAGGCUCCGCGCCGCUGGCUCUGCGUCGCUCGCACUCCAGCCGGGGGCACCCUCAUCCCAGGCUGACUGACGUCCCUGGCACCCAAAGGUCGCGGGGAGUGAGGGACCAGGGUGCCCCCUCCCUCCUCCUCCAGCCAGUGAAACUAGGGACAGCGGCACACAGUCCCAGGGCGGAGGCCGUCUCUGCUGCGCGCAGCGACGCACCCAGGCCCAAGGGCCGGGAGAUCCGCGGGGAACCCGGAGACAUGCGUCCCAGAGGGGCCGAGGGUUGCACCGCGCCCUCUCCCACGGGCCUCUUCCCAGAGGACGCUUCUCCCGCUUGUCCUCGGGAAGUCCUCGGAUCCUGGAUGAGAAAGAGCCUUCUCUCACCGGCUCCCAGACCCCGCGCUUUUUAAUACCUGUCCUUGCAGAGCGACUGGUCAUUUUAGGCCCGAGUCAAGCCUCUCUUGAUUAAUAAAUGACCAUGGCUCGUUUUGUUUUAA